UUACCCCCUCAGAUUCCAGAUUAUAAAUAGUUUCUUGGCCAAAUAUUGUCCUAUUCUAACAAACCAUACAUUAAUGGAAAGCUUAUUUAUUCAGCUUUUAAUAAACUUAAUUUCAAAAUUAUGUAUAAAUAUAGAAUAUUUCCCUUAUGGCUGGUUUUGUGGUCCAGGGUCACAAAUGUUGUCAUAAAAGCAAUUUUACUUCACUUUAAAUAUAAUGCCUGUUGAUCCAAGAAUCGUUUCCCAGUUUAAGUAACCAGAAAGUUUAUUGCAGUUUUUAUUAUAGGGUUUAUCAUUUAGUUCAUUACUGUACCCUUCCUGCCUCCCCUAGAUGGCAGCAAACGUUUCUGAAUUGCUCAGAUCACGGUCAAUUUUUACUUUAACAAUUCAAGAUAUCAAAUGGAGUUUUGUGUUUAUCUGGUAAAGGUAUAUUAGUGGUAUAAACAGCUAACCCUGUGGUUAUUUAUUGUGAUGCUUUGUAACUUUAAUCGGGAGGUUUUGGCUCUCCAGGGCAUUAUUAUUGUGACCGCAGAAUGCCAGCGAAGUUACAAAUCGUACUAUGCAGAAGGUUAAGCUCAUUGAAUAUUAAUUACGUCCCCGUGACGUUUCUCAGCAACCUACCAAUGGCUGCGGCUUAAGUUGUGAAACGCUUCCAGUGGCCAGUGGCUAAAGCUUGAUUCAUGAAUAUUAAUAAGAAAGCGUCUCCAUAGUACGAAUAGCAGAUUCGCGGUCGGGAAGAAGCAGGAGAGCUCAAGCUGGUAGCAACACGCACCUGAUAUUGGCUUUUAGAAACACAGCGCGUUGACAUUUUGUAUUAUUGGUAUGGAAACCCCAAAACUGUCGUCUUAAAUUUGUGUUGGAAAGCGUCGUCUUAAGCCGUGCCACUGCCCUCAUGGAGGACAAGAGGAAGAAGAGGAGCCCCAAAGUGUCCCUUCCCCACCCCCCGCCUCCACCCAUCAACCCAAGGAAGCUUUCUGUUCUCCCGGCGAGUAAGAGCGCCACAUUCUCGCUCGGUCUGCCACAGCCCCCUUCCCCCAAACCCAGGGGCAAGUACAAGAGAUCGGUGGGAGCAAUGGGGCCAUCCAUAGAAGUCCUCGCUGUUCCUCCGGUUCCCCCCAAAAACACAAGGCCUCACAGAGAGAAGCCCAGAGCUCCUCAGCCUGCUGGGCCGAGUCGUGUGUCCCAGUCCUCCUCACCACUCCAGCAUUCAUUCCUCACUGACGUCUCUGAUGUAAGAGAGAUGGAGGGAGGACUCCUUAACUUGCUUAAUGACUUUCACUCUGGAAAACUGCAAGCUUUUGGUAAGGUGUGCUCCUUUGAGCAGUUAGAGCAUGUAAGGGAGAUGCAGGAACGCAUGGCACGACUUCACUUCAGUCUGGACAGCCACGUGGAAGAGCUGUCCGAGGAUCAGAGAAAAACUGCUUCGGACCGCAAUCUAGAACACCUGCUUUCAAAUCUGGAAGAAUUGAGCAGCUCAAUACAGAAACUUCACCUGGCAGAAAAUCAAGACUUGCCCAAGACCUCCAGCACCUGAAGUAGGAAAACGAACCCAGCUGACCUUCAAGCUCACUGUGCAGACCAAAGCUCAAGUUGCCAUGACCACAACUCCACUGUAAGAGCUAAAAUAAGGAUCCAAGGCUAAAUGCUAUAUUUCUGUAAGUGAGGAUAAUAGUAUCAAGGCACAUUCUCUAUCUGAAUGCUCCGAUGUUAGCAUUUACUAUAAAAAGGCCUCUGUAAAUUAACUUAUUAUAAAGACCUUGACAACUAAAAGGAAGGUUAUUUUCUAUUGGUUGUAGUGCUUUAAGCAUGUGUAUGUUUGCUUUGACCGAUAAUAAUUAUGGUUUAAUUAAAAUUAAGCUGAAUUUAGAGGUUCAUUUAAUACUGAUAAUGGUUUGCUCAGUUUAACAAAAAGGUUUGAUUUUUUACUUUUGUGAAUACAAAUGUAAAUUUGUUGCAGAAUAUUCUGCACCCUUUAAGAUAAUAUAAAUCCAAGGACUGGGGCUGUCAAAAAUGAUAGUAGUAGACUACUUAUAUAUAAUGUUGAUUUUGCAUCCUCUUAGAAGCCUGAAAGCUCCAUGAUAUUAUUCAAAACUUUGUGUUCAAUGUAAGCCAUAUGGGUCUGGAAUAAUAUGAGAGUAAAUGAUGGCAGAAUUUUCUUUUUUAUGUACUAUUGCUUUAACUUGUGCUUGAAAAUCUUGAUCUUUAGUGACAGAAGUAGGAACAAUCACAUUAUCUGUAAAUCAUCUAAUACAAAAUUAGGCUUUAUUUUGUAGUUUUGUUUAUGUUUUUUGGAUGAUUCUGUAAAUGGCUGUGGAGUAGCUAUUAUUCACUCAGGACUGUUAAAGACUGUCAAUUUUAGUGCCUCUUCUUAGUGUCUGGAUUGCAUUGAUUGUUUUACAGUAAACUCUCCUUGAUGGAACUGGAUGUUUUUGUAGAUGUUUGUACACAAAAUAGACAUGCAUUUAUUUAAAGUAAUAUGUUAUAUACUGUAUAUUGUCUGUAAACCAGUUGUUGUUUUUUAUCGCUAUUUAAUUUGUAUAAAGAAACACUCUGAUAGAAGUU